AUGUCGAAAUCUUCAUCAUCGGCCAAAAGACAAAAGACUGCAAGUUCCUCCCGCGAUGAUCCUCGAAUCACCGAUCCUAGAUUUGCAAACAUCCAAUCGGACCCCAGAUUCCGCCUACCUGGAAGGAAAAAUAAAGUCAAACUAGACAAACGGUUCAGUCGAGUCCUUGAAGAUGAAGAUUUCACCAAGAGGGCCAAAGUCGAUCGUUAUGGCCGACGCCUCGAGAAUAAUGUGGAGAGAACCCGCCUGAAGAGAAAAUAUGAGUUCGACGAAGAUGACGAGCAGGAAAAAGUUGUCAGCGGCAACACCUCAGACGAGGACGAGCCAGAUGACGACGAUGAAGUCCAACGAGAAUUACAGAGGGUCGACAACUCUCGUGACCUGCUCAGACAAGGCCACGACUCAGACGCUUCUUCCCUAACCUCAUCAGAUGAAUCCUCCUCGAGUGACGACGACGACGAAGAUGAUGAAGGGGCUGCAGACCAGAAUAAGCUCACAAUCGGCCCAACGAGCCAAAGCGACAUCCCCAUGGGAGAAGUCACCUCUCGCAUCGCAGUCGUCAAUCUAGACUGGGACAAUAUCCGUGCCGCCGACAUCAUGGCUGUCAUCAACAGUUUCCUACCUGCCAACGGCUCGCUGCUGAAAGUGUCCAUCUACCCCAGCGAGUUCGGCAAAGAACGUCUGGAACGUGAAGAGAUGGAAGGCCCGCCUAAAGAGAUCUUUGCCGCUAAAGCCAACGAAACACAUGACAAUUCAGAUGACGAUAGCACCGAUGAAGAAGAUGGCUCCGAUGAAGAAUCUAAGAUCAAAGAGACCUUACUGGCCCCAGACACGGGCGACGAAUUUGACUCGGCUGCACUGCGCCGCUACCAACUUGACCGUCUACGAUACUAUUACUGUGUCCUGACCUUCUCCUCUCCGACCGUAGCCGAGCAUGUCUAUUCCGCAGUAGAUGGCACCGAGUACCUGACUACCGCAAAUUUCUUCGACCUACGCUUCGUGCCCGACGAUACUGAUUUCUCCUCAGACAUCCCCAAGGAAGAAUGCACAAACAUUCCAGACGACUACCGACCCAACGACUUUGUCACCGACGCACUACAACACAGUAAAGUCAGAUUGACGUGGGAUGCAGACGAUGGGGGCCGAAAGGAGACUAUUGCAAGAGCAUUCAAAGGUGGCAGAAAAGAAAUCGACGAGAAUGACUUGAAAGCCUACCUCGCGUCCGACUCAUCCAGUGAUGAAGAAGAUGGGGGAGCAGAUGGCCCCCAAGCCACUAAGAAAGAAAUCGAACGACAAAAGAUGCGGGCUGCCCUCGGUCUCGCGCCUGAGCCCGUCAAGAAAUCCUCUUCCAAAGGCGACAAGAAAGAGAAAGCACCUGUGGGAGGGAUGCAGAUCACAUUCACAUCCGGAUUCUCGGCACCAACGGAAGACAACGAGGAAGACGGCUCCAAGAAGCAGCGGAGGAACAAGGGUGUAUUCGAAAACUCGCCCGAACCUGACGAAACAACGGUCGAGAAAUAUGUGCGUAAAGAACGCGAGAGGAAACAGCGCCGGAAAGACAAGGCGAAAUCCAACAAUCAGAGCGACGCUGUAGCUGUAGACGACCCCACCGAAGGAACCAUCGAUGAAAGCCAUAAUAGAGAACAAGACGACCUAGGCUUCGACGACCCAUUCUUCGCUUCCGCCGCGGCCGCCGAACCCUCUGCACAAGAAGAGAAAGCCGCAAGCAACCGCCUGCGCAAGGAAGAGCGCCUGAAGAAGAAGAAGGAGCGCGAAGCCGAGGAAGAAGCCGAGAAGAAACAACGCGCAGAACUGGAAUUACUCAUGGUUGACGACGACGCCACGGCAGACCCCAACGCGAACGGCAAACCCGGCCGGAUUAUCCAGCACUUCGACAUGAAAGAGAUCGAGCGGGCGGAGAAGCUGGCUCGAAAGAAAGGCAAGGCGAAGACGCUGAAACAGAAGGGUCAGAACCAGAUCAAGGCGGGCGACGAAGCGGUAGACGACGCAUUCAGAGUCGACACGUCCGACCCGCGAUUCGCGCGCCUCUUCGACAGCCACGAGUACGCGAUCGACCCGACGAAUCCGCGCUUCAAGGCCACCAAGGGCAUGCGCGAGGUCCUGGACGAGGGGCGGCGGCGGAGGGAUACGAAGCAGGCGCAACCGCCCGGCGCCGAGGACAUCUCCCAUCCCGCGAGAGAUGGCGAUGGGAAGAGCAAGAAGCACAAAGACAAGAACGUCAAGUCCCCCAAGUCGAGAGGAAGUGAUGAAGGAGGCGCCGAUGUUCGGAGCCUAGUUGCGAAGAUCAAGAUGCGGAAUCAGAAGUAG